GAGCAUGACCCGGCUCCAGGCAAGCGCGCCCGGGGUGGGGCCGGCGCUGGCCUCCGCUCCCGCCGCCUGGCCCUGCCUCUCCCCGGGCUCCGAGUCCAGCCCCGGGCGCGCCUCGACCGUCCCUCUCCCGGCCAGCCAUGUCGGCCCAUCUGCGCCACUUCGCGCUGGUGGGCACCGCCGUGGCCGUCACCGGCGGGGUGGCCUACGUCGUCUGGAGAAGCUACCGGGCCCCCAAAGCGUCGCCGGUCGCGCCCCGCCAACCGCGCCAACUCUCGCCGGAAUGCGCCCGCCUCGACUGCGCGGAGCCACCCCCGGAGCAGGUGAGCGAGGCGGAGGUGGGCGCAUGUGGACUUGCUGCGGGAAAGGAAAAGCCCCCAAACAAGCAGAUCUUAGUUCUGGGCUUGGAUGGAGCUGGGAAAACCAGCAUUCUCCACUCACUAACUGCUAACCAGGUAAAGCACAGCACAGCUCCCACUGAGGGCUUCAAUGCAGUCUGUGUCAGCACAGAGGACUCCAAGAUGGAAUUCCUAGAAAUCGGGGGCAGCGAGUCUUUGCGAUCCUAUUGGAAGAUGUACCUAUCGCGAGUCCUGCUGCUCAUAUUUGUUGUGGAUUCAGCCGAUCAUAAGCGCUUGCCUGUUGCAAAGAAGCUGCUUCAUCAGCUGGUCCAGAGUGACUCAACCUUGCCUGUGAUGAUCCUAGCCAAUAAGCAGGAUCUUGAAGGGGCAUACUGCAUUACAGAUAUUCACGACGCUUUGGCAUUGUCUGACAUUGGGGAUCAGAGGAAGAUGUUCCUGAUUGGCACACACGUGGCAGAAGAUGGCUCCGAAAUCUCUUCUGGCAUGAAGGACAUGCGGGAACUGAUUGCAGGGCUGGUCUUGGAAGUGAUGUGAUUGGUCCCAGAAUGGGAUUCCAUCACGGGACUUCAAGUGUCCUCGGAUACCCAGCUUGCCGCGAUCAAAUAGCAUUACUUUGCAUUUGGACUUUGCAGUGUUCAUCCUCAGGUAGGGCAUUCUAGUAGAGGCAGUGCCCAGUUGCAGAAAGCCUUAGAACUGUGGUUUUUAACAUAAUAUAUUUUGGAAAAGUAGCUGUUUUUAAAACCACAUGGAAAGAGUUCAAAUGAAACAGUUGGAUCCUACACCCCCUGGCAUCGAAACCAAACAUUGCUGCUGUUUGUGUGGACAGCUGUUGUAGGUUUCAUUGAGAGCUGUGCACUGGAUUCCACCAAUUUAGGAGGGGACUUGUAGAAAAGAGAACAAGUUUAUAUUUGAGGGCAACUUUGUUCAAACCGUAGGGCCAGGAGUCAAGGAACAAAAACUGUAGCUGCAUAUACCUCAGAGAGCUCUGCAUUUCUUGAACAUCUUCAUGUCUUUUUUACCUCAGAUAUUGGUGGGGGCAGGGUAGUCAGGAAAUCAUGUCCCUUUUAAGCCAUAGCAGAGAAAAAAAAAUCCUCUGCUCCAUCUUAAAAGGGGAAAACAGCACACUGGCUGCAGGCUCUGCUGGCAUCCAGUCUAGGGGGUGGAGUUCCACUUUCACAAUGUUGCUUCUCAACUGUGGUGUCCCCUCCCCUUUAUUUCAUUAACAGGGUAUAUUUUCUCCCUUUAACUGAGCUGCGGCUCAGCUGUUGGGGAGGAAACAGGGCUUUCUGGGCUGCAUGGAGGAUUCUCGUCCAGCUUCUUUGCUGACAUGAAUAGCAGUAAGGGGUGGGGAGGUGCCACCAGUAAGUGGUGCAGGGACAUAGUGUAGAUCUCAUCCCUGGGCACCUCCGUUCAGCUUGCUGCUAAUUCAAUAGGAGGGGCAGCCUUUCUCGUCCCCUGGUGGGUGCAGCUCCAAGACAAUCUGAUUGCAAAUGGCUGCCAUGGUACAGUGAGCUCACGGUAUUUGACCGUGUGUGGGUGAGGCCUCAGGUGGAUAAACCUGGGCCUAGAAGAAUUCACAUUAAAGGGCUGAAAAGCCAAAAAUGACGCACAGGGCUUUUGGUUUGUGCUUUAGUCUUGAAGAAUGAAUGUCCUGCUUGUGCGUCUGGGUAGGACUAGACAGUAAACAGUAUUAUUCUAUUACAUUUGGUAGGUUUUAAUAAAAGAUUUUGAGAGACUUUUGCCAUCCUUUCAUAUACGUAGCUGUGGGGAGCUGUGAUUUGGUGGCGGGGGAGUGGAAAGAGGCUUCCCUGCACCUUUGUGGCACUACAUUUUUGUGCUAAAAAUCUACCCUCUGCUGCUGAAGGUGAAAGAUAAUGAAAAUUGACUUUUGUGGGUUUUCCAGGCUGUGUGAUCAUAGUCUGGUAGUUUUGGUACCUAACAUUUCUGUGCCACGGAGGUAAACAUAUCUCACUGGGACAUACCCGUGAAUAUGCCAGCCCUAAACAUUAAGAGCAAAAACUACCAGACAAUGGCCACCCAGCCCAGAAAACCCACAACAUCCAGUUCAUUCUGGCUUCGACAAUACAUAAUGGACAUAAUUUUCUUUUACCCCACAAGCAGCAUUGGUAAAGGCUGGGGAAAGGGGAAUAUUAGGGAAUCCUGACCCCCCACACUACCGCACAGCCUCUUUCAAAUUGCAGCCUCAGCGAUUGCCUAAAAAGAAUUGCAGCUCAUAAAAACCUGAGAGUAUCCUGCUUUUCUUUGUUUCACUGUUUUCUUCUAUUGAACAUUAAGAAAUCCUCACUCAAGCUGAAACCUUCUGCAUUCUGAAACCUUCUGCAUUCUUGUCCAGAAAGGCCAUAUAUCUUCUAGUCAGAGCUCUAUGAAAUUAAUGCAUGGAGGAUUCCGGUUUGAUGUCCGGAGGCUGCACAUUUAGCCUGCUUCCUCCCUCAUAAGAAGAAAAUAACACAUCUCCCACUUGCUUCCCUGUUUAGAAUCACUCUCCCCACUGCUGCUGAGAUAUGAUGAAUGGCAGCUCACCUCAAAAGACGCUGCUUGCAGUGUAUGAAGUGGCUUCCCUUAAGGUCUCAAACAUUACAUUCAGUGCCUCAAGUGAGCAGCAUCAGUAUAGCGAAAUGCAUCAAGCUGAUGUUGACUCCCCACUUCCUCCACCCACCUGCCCCUUAACAACGGUCUCAGGAGAUGUUAACAUUGCAGAUCAAAUUGUAAGCACUUUUAAGCAAAACGGCUUCUGUCUUGGACCUCUUGCAAACGUUGAAGAAAAUCUCUGUAUUUGCCUCUAAACUUGGAAAACCAUUCAGAAGUUUUCUAGGGACUUCAUUUCUCUCUCACUUGCAUACCAAAGCAGUUCCUUUAUAUAAAAUCAGAUUUUUUGGUACUUUUCAUUACCAGACUCUUGAGAUCUGUCGUGGCGUUGGUGAUAACAAGUGACCUACCAGGAAAAUAAUGUGAAGAAAGGGACAGUGUCCCAAGAUUCAAUAAAGAUUUCGAUGUCUUUGGCUUUCUUAAA